CCCAGGGAGCCGCCGGGCCGGGGAGGGUGUGCCUAGUCCCGGCUGCCGCGUUUGCAGGAAGCGCCACCGACAAGAAAGAGAAGGAGACGCGACAGCCGGAGCGCGCGCCCUGCAAAGAUCUUCUUGCCAUGGCUCAGCCAGCGCAACCGAAGCGCAUCUUGGUGACCGGUGGCUCGGGGCUGGUUGGCAAGGCCAUCGCAAAGUUGGUAGCCGAGGGAGAAGGGCGGCCAGACGAGGAGUGGAUCUUCGUGUCGUCCAAGGAUGCCGACUUGACGGAUGCUGCCGCAACCGCAGCCCUUUUUGAGAAGCACCGGCCGACUCACGUCAUCCACUUGGCAGCCAUGGUAGGCGGCCUUUUCCGGAACAUCAAGUACAACCUGGAUUUCUGGCGGAAGAACAUGCACAUCAAUGACAACGUCCUGCACUCGGCGUACAAAUCCGGUGUCCAGAAGGUGGUCUCCUGCCUCUCCACUUGCAUAUUCCCCGACAAGACCACCUACCCGAUCGACGAGACCAUGAUCCACAACGGUCCCCCGCACAACUCCAACUUUGGGUAUUCCUAUGCAAAGAGGAUGAUAGACGUUCAGAACAGGGCGUAUUUUGAGCAGCACGGCUGCCGCUUCACCGCUGUCAUUCCCACCAACGUCUUCGGACCCCACGACAACUACAACAUUGAGGACGGGCACGUCCUGCCGGGCCUCAUCCACAAAGUGUACUUGGCCAAGGAAAACGGUACGGCUCUCACUGUCUGGGGGACAGGAAAACCCAGGAGGCAGUUCAUCUACUCUCUGGACUUGGCGCGGCUGUUCCUCUGGGUCCUGAGGGAAUAUGAUGAAGUGGAGCCCAUCAUCUUGUCGGUCGGAGAAGAGGAUGAAGUCUCCAUUCGGGAAGCGGCUGAAUGUGUGGUGAGAGCGAUGGACUUCAAGGGAGAGCUUCUUUUUGAUACAACGAAGUCGGAUGGGCAGUUCAAGAAAACAGCCAGCAACAGCAAGCUGAAGAGAUACCUCCCCGAUUUCCAGUUUACACCAUUUGAGCGAGCUGUGAAGGAAACGUGCGACUGGUUUUGCGCCAACUACGCCAUUGCCAGGAAAUGACCAAAGGAAUGGUACCAGGGUGGCCCAACAGUGACCAACGCUGCUGUCUGCAAUUUUUGCAUCAAACUCAGGUUUUUUUGUUUUGCUGGAAUAAAGAAUGAGAACAAAAGGGACCGUUUUGGGUGCCGGGAUAGGGUGCAAGCCAUGCUUUUUCUGACUCUGGGGUGAUAGUUUAGUUUAGCUCUUUAAAGAUGGCACAGCUUGCUUAUUUAUGAAGCAGUACUCAGCAGAAUUGGUGGACGGAGGGGGCUUGUGGUGGUGGCAUUCACGUUCUUAAAGAGCAGCUUUCAGCACUCUAGACGACUGGUGGAAAUCAUGGGAGAGGGGUGGCAGGCAUGUUGCACUUGUCCCCUAUUCACGAUAAUUGGCCUCUGUGACCUGUCCUGUUGCACCAGAGUCCUUUCUUGGAGCAGAGCGCUGCUAACUGCGCCAAGGUCACCUUAUGUUUUGGGGAAGAGACCCCGUUUCCCACGGCCAAAGCUGAUGUGGCUGUAGGAACCCUUUCAGUCUCGGAAGAAGAAGUGACCUGAUCUUCUAAUCCAACCCUCAAAACAAAUACUUGAAGAGACCCUGUGCGCUUUUCAAAAUUCCUGUUACGCAUAUUGUCACGGGCUCAAAGCUCAGGGAUAGAGCAUGCCCUUCGCUGCACCCUCUCCAGCGUCCGAAGCUCAGUGUCCCACAUUGUGGGUUUGGGGUAGGGUGAGGGGCUACAUCUGCCGCAAUUUUUUAAACCCUUGCUUGCCUCAGGAAGCCCAAGGAUGGGUGACCUCCAGUUAUUUUAUUUCUGAAAGACUUAUGGAAAAGAGAUGGGGAGGUUAGGAGCUCGUUGCAGCAAACCAGAUGCCAAAGGCAGGCGCUGUUACUCCGAGGUAACAACUGCAGUGCUGGCUAGGGGGGCGUUGAUGGGAGCUGUGUCCCCAAACAGCCCGAGGGCGCCAGGUUGGAGAAGGCUGGGCUACCAGAGGAGCCAGCCAGCCGGAGUCCUCCAUUUGGUAGCCGUUUUAAAUAUUUCUUUAGCUCAUCUCACUUUGACCUGUCAGAAAAAGAACACCACUGUAAUAAAACUUGACAAUAAACCAGUUAUUUCUUAUG